AUGUAAGGAUAAGCUAAUCGAAACACAAGGCGCGAAGCUUAUCGAUUAUCAUUAGUCUACCUGGUCAGCAGCAUGUGGCGAAUGUCACACAAAUCAAGCACUUAUAUAUUUUUGUGCAUCAUAUUAUUUAUAAGAGAAAUGGUGAUAAACACAAUUCUUAAUAAAUAAUAAUCCACGAUUAAAAAUACUUUCAGUAGUUUACGCACAUCGUCUACAUAACUUUCGGCCCAUAUUUUGACGUUUACCGGACGUUGAACUUUUGACAACAUCCGGGCGUGUCUCCAUCUUUCUUAUGAGUGCAAUAAACAGGGUGGAGAAUGAUGUCAGCUGGCAGGAGAUGAGAUUGAAAUGAUUGGAGUGUUAUGGCGGGACUGUGGCGGUUCGUGCUGCGCGUGUCGGGCUCGUACGGUGUAUUUUCGGAAGGUCUCAGCAGGACUCUUCUCAUCUUCUUUAAUCUCGCGUGGAGACUCAGACUCAGAUUCCCAUAUCUGUACGUCAUCGCCUCCAUGAUGUUUAACGUGCGAUUACAGGUUCACAUUGAAAUACACUGAUUGUACAUCUUUUUGGAGAAAAUCGUGCCAGUUGACUGGUUAGUUACAUCAAUGAUCGUCCUCUCAGCCCAUGGAUUAUUCAACUCUGGAAGACAUACAGACACAAAGCUGCCUGCCCGGUAUAUCAAUAGGAGUUAUCUUUCCAGACUAAACUUGAUCAACUCGAUUUAAAGAGAGGAGCAGAACUGUAUGAUGAGGCUUUUCUCACAGUGUCUUCACACCUUAUCUGGUUUAGUGAAGGGUCUUGAUUAUCCUUGAUUUACAGACAUGAACACUAAACUUCCAGUGAGACUCAGUGACUGAGUUUCUGUACUUGAAUAUGUGUUUUGACACUGAGAGCAUGUUAAAUCUUGAAUUCAACAGUUUUAUAAUGACUGUAUUUUCCUGUACAUGAUAGUUUUAGCAGAUUAUGGGAGGUUUAGUUGUAUAGUUGGAUUACUGUUACCUACACAACAACGGUUAACAGAGGAAUACUCAUUUAUUUAUUGUUACAAAAAACGGCAGGGAUUUGUAUAUGGUGUGUAUUUAUUUUGCUUUUUUUGUUGUUAUGCAAUCUGUGUGUUAUUUGCAAGUGCAUUUUGAACAUAAAGGUUUGUAAAUGUAAUGUUAUUGAAUCUUUGACAAUAAAUUAUGAGAAUUUUUGCCCUUC